CUUCCCUUGUUUUACGCCGACGUUGACUGCGCACCAGACGCCGAGAUACGAAACCACCAUAACACAUUCCGCCUCACGUUUCAUCGGCUUGGGUCUACGACUCCCGUGCAACGUCGUGCCUGCUCAUGGGACGUCUCUGAGCGCUCUAAAAAUCACGCGCUGGGGCAUUUGGCGGAGGAGUGGAAAGCGAGCCCCAAAACCCGUUUGCCAGCCAUGUCCGUCCAGGCCCAAGGACCUGGCCCUCGCAGGGAGAUCGAGGAGGUCGUCUUAUCCGACUCCAACUCCGACUCCGACUCGGAAUCCAGCUACGAAGGCCCAGACGACGAUGACGAAGUCGACGACGACUCGGCUUCCAUAGGCAGCGCCGCACGGGGUGUAGAGCACACGCUCGAAGACGCGAUCCGGUCCGCGAGCCUGGCGCGUCUCAGGACCGUCCUGCUCCAGAUGUGCAGCGACAACGCCGUGUGCCGCCAUCUGGCCAGUAAAGCACUCCUGGUCGCCGCGCCUGCCCUCGCGCCGGAGCCGAAGACGGGCAUGAAGCGGCUGCGCAAGGCGUAUGAGAUGUGCUCCCAGUGCGGCACGGAGUAUGAGGUGGAGGAGAACGAGAGGGUCAAGGGCCUCUGCGUGUAUCAUCCCGGCGAGAAAGAGCUCGACUUCGAAUCAGACUUCUGGGCCGACCAUGACCCUAACUGCCAUGGCGAUCCGGACUCGUUCAUUGACGACCCCGACUACGCAGAGGGGUUCCUUUGGAGUUGUUGCGACGAAGAGGGCGGUGCUGAAGGGUGUGAGAGGACGCGGCACCGCCCAGAGAGGAGCAACCGAGCGAGACAUGUUUGAGCGAUGAUGAUCUCGUUUUGUGCGAGUGUUUGCAAGGCUGCCCAUGUCUCACGGGGAGAGAAGGUUGUGGGGAUGGCGAUUUUAACUUCCCUUGAGGCUUGACGGGCAAUUUCAUUCUGCGGUGGCAUUUCUUGAACGUAAAUGGCUUUGCUGGCGCCGGGGAAAAACAAUGCCUCGAUUGGGAUGAGGUUGUUGUUGUUGUGGUUGUGGAGGAUCCGUCCCUCACCCUAUCGUCUGGCCCAAAGCGUAACGCCUUGUCUUGGACCAUGGCUUCGCCCUCAUAUCUUGAGCACUUCGCCAGCCGGCUUCGGAACCAGAUGGCACAGUCUGACACAGAAUGUAUGUCGUCUUCGAAUGUAGCCAUAGUCACUUGAUAGCGACGAGGUGUUCGUCUGAUCUGGUACAGCAGAUAAUGCUGAUCGGGGCAAGGUAUACCACUGCGCUCAAGGGUUAGUAGAACAUACCCUUACAAAUGACGACUUACCUCCCCGGGAAUGAAUUGGAGUGGAUGCUUGAGAA